ACUUCCCCCUUGCAGCCGGGGAAAAGGACACUUUGUUCCAUUAAAAGACACACUCAACACUUACUUAUACAUAUGUUUAAAUAAACACACACACACACACACACACACCAAGUUUGUCUCUCUUCCAGUGGAGUCUGACAGGAAUGAGGUCAGACACACUGAUCCUCGUUGCACAUUAUUAUUAUUAUUAUUACCCGUUUUUUUUAUUCGGCCAAUGGGAGACCAGGGGGAGUGGCUCGGCUGAAAAACCGGGAUGGAGACAGACGCUGAUUGGCUUCUAUAUCUCGCGAUGAGGGUAUAUAACGGCGAGGUUCUCGUUGUUGUGUUUACAGUAAUAUUUCAGAGCGCUCAGGAAACAGGGAGACUAUGAGAAAGCGCAGCUGCUCCAUUCAACCACAUGGUUCCUCAACCGCACAGACAAGCUGCGCUGCAGACAGCCUGGUUCACAUAAGGGACUUGCACUGCAGUUGGCCACAGCGGCGCGCUUCCACUCUUGCAGGGCGAGUUUUCAGCCGCACAGGCAGUUGAAAGUUGCUGUUGAAUAGAUCCGGGGAUUUAUUUCUUUUUUGUCCCUGUGACAGUUGAGAGAUCCCGAGUCUCCGCUGCGAGCUGAACUGACAAAGAGACAGAGAGAAGAGACUUAGGUGAACUUUCUUUUUCUUAGACCUGUAUCCAUCAUCGGUCUCUUGAGCGCCUGAAAUCAGAACAAGUGAGGAGUACACAUAUUUUUGCGCACUUGAACUUUGUGAAAGCCCGGCACUGAGCAGAGUGUUUCCAGACACCUGGAGGAGAGGAUGGUGCAGCACAUGAGCCAGACAGAGAGCGCCCACGCUCACUCCCCCGGCGGGGACUCCACGGACACGGGAGAGAUGGACCUGGAGAUGGAUGCGUCCCCGACCCCCGAGUCUCCCUCUUCCGGGGUGCGCAGCGACCUGGCGUGGUGCAAAACUCCGACGGGCCACAUCAAGAGACCCAUGAACGCAUUCAUGGUGUGGUCACAGAUCGAGAGAAAAAAGAUUAUGGAGCAGUCGCCGGACAUGCACAACGCUGAGAUCUCCAAGAGGCUGGGGAAGCGCUGGAAGCUGCUGAAAGACACAGACAAGAUCCCGUUCAUCCGCGAGGCGGAGCGGCUCAGGCUCAAACACAUGGCCGACUACCCAGACUACAAGUACCGGCCCAGGAAGAAGGUCAAGUCGGCGAGCGGAGUGAGUAAGCCGACGGAGCGCGGGGAGAAGAGCGGUGAGCGCAGCGCCAAAGCCGGCGUGAAGAGAAGCAGCCCCGCGUCCAAAGGAGGGAGCAGGACGCACAGGCAGGGGAGCGUGAAGAGCGCUGCGGGGCAGGACUAUGCGUCUCCCGGUGACCACCAGGCGCUCUUCAAAUCCAGGUCAGUGUCUGGGGCCAGGCAGAUCCCGGAGAAGCGCGCAGGAGAGGCGAGGCGCGGCCACAUGUUCGGCGGGGCAGGCAGCCUGGAGAGCGGACCUCCCUCUGUGGGAGUCCCGGCCAGUCCCACCCUGAGCAGCUCGGCGGAGUCCAGCGACCCGCUCAGCCUGUACGAGGAGCAGAGCCCGGCGGCCAGCGAGUCAUCGCACACCGCGCGCCUCAGGUACUCCCGCGCCUCCUCGCCGACACCGUCCGCCUCUCACUCUUCCUCGUCCGUGUCAUCCUCAUCAUCGGAUGAAGAGUUCGAAGACGAGCGGCUCGAGCUGAACCCGAGCCCCGGCUUUGAGAGCAUGUCCCUGGGCGGCAUGGGCUUCUCCGACGCAGAGCUGGACCGGGACUUGGACUGGAGCUUCGGGGAGUGCGGGGCGGGCUCUCACUUCGACUUCCCCGACUACUGCACGCCGGAGGUCAGCGAGAUGAUCUCAGGAGACUGGCUGGAGUCCACCAUCUCCAACCUGGUGUUCACCUACUGAGAGGUGCGCGGUGGAGAGGAACCGCGACGUCCCCCCACGUUUAGAACUGUUCAGCCCCCCAGACAGGCGUGCGAGUCCAGACCAGACUAUUUCCGCCAUUCUUUCACUGAAUAAGGGAGAGUGGAGACAGGAAAGGAAAAGGUGGCCUGUGUGCGCGUUGAAGCCCCGCAGGAACGCGCCGCUCACAGACUUGGAUAGCGCGCGGUGCGCCUGACGGGAACGCGCAAACGGGGGAAAUGCUUAGUGUGCAUUUGGACACAGAGGAGGAGUGAAUGUAAGCAGAGAGCAGCGAAACACACGAACUUCAGCUCAAAUGUUCAAGCCAACCCGCUGAGGAGGAGGACUGAGACUGAACUCUGAAACUUCAUGUUAUUUAGGGUCGGGUAGAGGGACACUCACCGGAGAGCUCGUCAUGUCGGGUUCUGUUUAAGAUAUAGCCAAUUCACAUUGACCAUCAAGUUGCUAUUCAGGUGCAGUUUUCCUCCAAACUCGAAAUAGUUUCAAUAUCAGCAGCACGCAUGCCCUCCGAGAUAAGGAGGAUUUUGUUGUGGUUCAAUGCGUAAAAAUGUUCAUUGCUGCGUAAUUACGCAAUUUUGUGUGACCAUAGGACACAGUUCACUAUCACCAGCUUCUCUUUCAACGGCAGGACU